UGAAGUUGGAUUUUCUUUGGGUUAGACGGUUUGUGUUGUGAUCUCAUCGCAAACUGCAUUCGGAAUAUUUACAAACCAAUCUCCAGUUGUAUGGACUUAUUACUCUUUGCAAUAAGUCUAAACUUAAACUAAAGCAAGUGUAUGUGCCUUGUAAAUGUAAUACUAUUAUUAGUAAACCUAAACCAAAUUCAGCCAGUGAAAGUUGAGAAAGUACCGCUUCAUCUACAACACAUCGCAUAUUUUCUAGUUAAUAAAAUGUAUUCUUUUGUGUCUUUCCGAAUAAUUAAUAAAACAACAAGAUUUUACCACACUAAAUCAUCAUUGUUACGGCCAGUACAAUUCAUAAGCAAUAACAAAAUGUUAACCAACACAGCAAUAUCACAGAAUGAAGAAAAAGAAAUUUUCAUGAAUACUUUACCUAUUAUAACUGAAACUAUACUUAAAAAUCCAAAGUUUACUGAACUUCCAGGCGUUGGAAGUUGGAUGAAAAAGGUUCUAGAAUAUAAUGUAGGCAGUGGUAAAAAAUCUCGAGGUCUUGCAACUGUAUAUAGUUACAAAAUGAUAGAAAAACCAGACAAUAUCACAGAGGAAUCUCUCAGAUUAGCUUGUAUCAUGGGCUGGUGUGUUGAAAUGCUGCAUUCAUAUCUACUUGUUUUGGAUGACAUAAUGGAUCAUGCGAUAACGCGCCGUGGUGUUCCAUGUUGGUAUCGACUACCAGAAGUAGGAUUGGGAGCAAUCAACGAUUCUGUACUCAUGCACAUGUCAAUGUUUUACAUUCUAAAGACCUACUUCAGUCAAAAAAGUUGCUAUGCCAACAUAUUGGAUACAUUCCAUAAUAGUUUACUUAAUACGUCCAUCGGUCAACACCUGGACUACACAAUGGCGCAUCAUGUCGAAAACAACUACAAUUAUUUUACAAUGGAACAGUACAUGGCGAUUGUACAACACAAGACAGCGUACUAUACUUUCUCGCUUCCAGUGUGUCUCGGUCUUUAUCUUGCUAAUAAGAUGGACAUAGAGAUGCACAAGAAAGCUAAAGAAAUAACCAUCGAAAUUGGAAAUUUUUUCCAAAUACAAGACGACUUCAUAGAUUGUUUCGGCGAUGAAUCUGUCACAGGAAAAAUAGGCACUGACAUACAAGAAGGGAAGUGUACGUGGCUCGCCGUUAUGGCAUUACAGCGCUGCAACGCAUCGCAGCGUUCGGAAUUCGAACAAUGUUAUGGCAGCAAAGAUCCCGACAAUGUGCAGCGCAUUAAGCGGCUAUACGAAACCUUAGAACUUCCCUGUUUAUAUAAAGAAUAUGAACAAAAAUUAUACGAAAGUCUAGAGCAACGUGUGAAGAGCGAGCACUCAGGAGAGUUAAUAUCAUCCACUAUAGGUUUAAGACUUUUCGAAACUAUAUACAAGAGAAAAGGUUAGGUAGUACUUUUGAAGAUGUUGUGUAACAUUUUUAUAAACACGAGUGGAUUUUAUUCUCGUUUUAACGUUUUAAGUCUUCCAACACGUGUAUUUAAUUACAUUGUUAACCAUAAUGUAAGAUGUUUGAAUUAAUUUUAUAUGGGAACAUGACAAAUAGAGUACCUAAGUAAUAAAUAAGUAUCUACCAUAUAAUGGAGUAUAUGCAUAUUUGUCGAUCACGCCGAAUAUUUGGUUAAAUUACAGUAAACUCGUUUUAUGACACGACAAACCCAAUUAAUUCAAACGCUGCUGACAAUUUUCUUGUAUUAUUCUUUGAACAAAAAAUGUUCUACCGUUUUAUUACAGUCACAUGUAAUCGAACAAAUAUAUUUAACUAUGUUAUAACUAAUUAUAACUAUGUUAUAUAUUAUUUUUAAAUAAAUUGUAAGUAUGUUUUAUUUUUGUAAAAUUAAUAUUCACGAAAUAUCACGUGACUGAUUAUUUUCACGGAUUUUUUAA